UGUUGGGGACUUUUAAUAUAUGUCACCGGUCUCUUUUAAACGAGGGAAAAACUUAUUGAUGAACCCUCGUGUGUUUCUAAUUAGUUGAGCUGAUCUAAUUACAUAAUCUGUCGUAAUUACCUCGUGUUUACAUCUGUGGAUAAGAAAGGGUGCCCUGCAUGCUUGCGGGUUGAUGUUCCAUCAUCUUCAUGAUUAUAUAUUUCAUCUGAUCACAGUUUUACAUCGUUGAUAGGUUGACCCCUAUUUUUAGGCGACCAGGGAAAUGAAUAACAAAUCAAUCACUGAACUUUCCUCACCUGUCUCCACUUUUCCUCUGGACUUUAAAUCGAAAGCGCAAAUUAUUUGCGUCGCUAUUAUUUUGUAUAUAUUGUAGCACGUUUCUACUAAUUGAAUUUCAGGGGAGGACCCGGUCACCAAAGAGUAUUUUAAUGGUAAGUACAAAAUGCUCCACCAUGUAAACAGCGGAUUGUAAUAUCGAAGACAAGAAACUGCACCACAACUAUUUAUCAUUACAAAUUAUCAUUUGUCAGCUUGCAGGCAAUUCCUGGUAAUUUAAUAUGAUGGACAUUAAUCAAUGGGACGCUUGUAACACAAUUGGUUUUAACAAUACAAAUACAAUUGAAGAGCCAGAGGAUGAAGAUUUUUUAUGGAAUGAAACAUUUCUUAAGGAAAGAUCGUUAUGUGGAAAUGUUCCUGAAUAUGGCUGUGAGAUUUGCGGACAAGCAUUCUCUUCAAAACAUGAUGUCUAUACACACAAAAUAAUACACAACAGGGAAAAACCUUAUUAUUGUAAAAUAUGUGGGAAAUAUUUUGUUUCUGACAGGGAUUUAGUAAAACAUAGACGGUCACACCCUGGAGAAAAGCCGUAUGAAUGUGAAAUUUGUGAGAAGUCCUUCUCCCUUAAUUCCGUUCUUCUUAUCCACAAACGUAUCCAUACCGGAGAAAAACCUUUCCAAUGUGAGAUAUGUGGGAGAGCAUUUUCUCUCAGAUCUGUUCUUCUUGACCAUAAACGUAGUCAUGCUGGAGACAGGCCCUAUAACUGUGAAGCAGGUGGGGAGUCUUUUACUCCAAAAAGCCCAUUAAAAACACACAACGCUUGUCAGACGGGAGAAAAACCAUUUCAGUGUCAAAAGUGUGGCAAACCGCUAAUUAAUAAUUUCCAACGUGUCAUUCAUAAAUGUAGUCCUACCGGAAAGAAUCAUUAUAAUUGUGAUCUAUGUGGAAAGUCUUUUAUUACCAAUGGUCUCUUAAAAGCACAUGAAUUAAAUCACACUGGAAAAAAAGCAUUUCACUGCGAAAUAUGUGGGGAAUGUUUCACUCAAAAUUCUAGUCUUAAAGUCCAUAAACGGAGUCACACUGGAGAAAAACCAUUCGAGUGUGAAAUGUGUGGUAAAUGUUUUGUGUCUAAUAGUAACAUAACGAAGCACAAACGAAUCCAUGUUGGGGAAAAGCCAUAUCAAUGUGAAAUGUGUGGGAAAUCUUUCUGUCAAAACCCUCAGCUUCGAAUCCACAAGCGUAUUCAUACUGGAGAGAAGCCCUCUCAAUGUGAAAUGUGUGGGAAAUCUUUCUGUCAAAACCCUCAGCUUCGAAUCCACAAGCGUAUUCAUACUGGAGAGAAGCCCUCUCAGUGUGAAAUGUGUGGGAAAUCUUUCUGUCAAAACCCUCAGCUUCGAAUCCACAAGCGUAUUCAUACUGGAGAGAAGCCCUCUCAGUGUGAAAUGUGUGGGAAAUCUUUCUGUCAAAACCCUCAGCUUCGAAUCCACAAGCGUAUUCAUACUGGAGAGAAGCCCUCUCAGUGUGAAAUGUGUGAGAAAUCGUUUAUCACUAAAAGUCUUUUUAAAACGCAGAUGGGAAUUGUUUCAGUGUGAAAUCUGUGGAAAGGCUUUUAGCAAGAAUUCCAGUCUUGUCGUUCACAAACGUUGCCACACUGGAGAGAAACCAUUCCAUUGUAAAAUACGCGGGAAAUGUUUUGUGUCAAACAGUAACUUAACAAACAUAAGAGAGUCCAUGCUGGGGAAAAACCAUUUCAAUGUGAAAUAUGCAGGAAAUCAUUCACUAUGAACUGUAAUCUUGUGGUCCAUAAAUGUAGUCACACUGGAGAAAGAUCUUAUCCUUGUGAAAUCUGCAGGAAAUCUUUUGUUUCUAGCAGUGACUUAACCAAGCACAAACGAUUACACGUUGAAAGGAA